GUUAGAAAAUUUCAUUUUCACAAAAGCUUUCGAGAUUUAACACAAUGACUGAAAUUGGUAUUAAGCAAAAAAUAUAUACUAUAUAAAUAUAAAGUAUAGAUUUUGAACGACGUUUACAAUUAGCGACUUUUAUCAUUUUAUGUUCUUUUCUUUUUCUCUAAUUAAUUUUCAAUGAAAGCAAACGUAAAAUGCUUUUCGUGCCACCGUUUUAUUGAAACUCACUACUAACUACAAAUUACGAAUGGCAGCAAAAAGAUUUUGCAAGUUAAUUUAAAAACAUCUUGUUUUGAUAUUUUAAACAAAUGAGAUUGCUAAAAUUUAUAAGAAGAGCAUAAUGUAUAAAGACCAAGAAGAUAUCGAAAAAGAUGAGCUCAUGUGGGUAAAAGCUGGGGGGCCGGGUGAGAAACCUACUAUUAUAAGACAAGUUUGUUCUGACUCAUCAUCUUGUAGCUCACGCGAAAAUUCUGGUGAAUCAUCGAAUGGUGUCAAACAAACUCUUUUAUUGAGCCCUAAAGUUGGUCUUACAUCUCGUGUUCCCAGUAACGAUUCAAUGCAUAAUUUUGGGCAUUUAGGCAGAACAUCCAGUGAAGACUCUCGCGUUAUUGUUCUAAACGUUUCUCAAUCCCCGUAUCCUUAUUCUAUUGAUAAAGAAAAAGUAAAACGAUUGAAAAUUUCUCAAGGAAUUUAUGCUGCAAGUAAGGAUGAAAAAGGUAGCACCAUUAAUAAUUUUAAAACUAGUUCAUUUAGUAACAACACAGAUGACAGUCAGGUUUCAGUAUGUGAUUUAAUACUGAAAUCUAAAAGUCAACCUGUUGAUUUUUUACCUCGUUUUUCUCCGAUGACUGCGAUCAAAAGGUCUUCAAGCGACGAUUCCCCUCAAAAAAGCUCAUCUCUUAAUCAUGGAUAUCCUAAAACAAAAAGCAAAGAAGGGUAUACUACGUUAAUCAAAGAUUCUCCAAACCCAAACAUAUCGGAAACAGCCCGUUCAAAAACACUACCGAGUUCUUGGCGACCAGCAUAUUCAAAAGACCAUCAAAAGGACUUUUCAAAGUUUUCAAAAAGCAUUGCAUUAGAACAAGUAGUUAGCUUUCAGGAUGAAUUAUAUAAUAAAUCUUCGGAGAUUACAACUUCGCAAGUAAAAUUAAAAAGAAAAAAGUCGCGUAAAAAGUUCAGGCAUAAUUUUGAAAAUGUUAUCGAGGUAGGAACUUGCUUCGUUUGCUUGAGGUCUGCUGUAUAUCAUACGCAAGACAGCGAUGAUACGGGUAGUUCAUUAGAUCACCCAUGCAAAUGCCAACCCUGUAGUUCAAAUAUCUGUGGACGAUGGUGCGUGAUUACGUUAAUGAUAUGUUUUUUUCCGUUUUUAAUAUUUUACCCACCAAUAAAGGCGUGUCUAAAUAUACACGACUUACGAGUUAAAAGGAAAAAAAGACACAGCGAGAAAAGGGAAAAAUUAAAAAAAUCAUUAGUACACGACGAAGUUGAAAGUUAAAAAAGAAAAAUCCUAAAAGAAAUUAGAUAAAAAAUGAUGAACGCACCUAAAAAAUAAAUAUUAAAACGAAGUGACCGUUGAUACAUUCCGUUAAACUGACACCUGCUGAUAUUUGACAUCUAAUAAUUGGUCGUAAAAACCAAAAGAAAAGUUUUAAAACUUAAUGUAACAUUAUAUAUAAUAUAACAUUAUUUAUAUAAAUAUAGUAUUUAUUUUUGUUUUUAAUAAAUGAUUAUUUAUAUUUAUAUAUUUUUUGUUAAAAAUCGUUGUGGAGUUUUUCAAUUAAUAAGUAGUAAAAUUUUGUGGUAGAUUAUAAUUGUUUUA